GUCAACAUGUGGACAUCUCAGCCACUCUCCUCGGAUCUUUCCCUGUCUUCCUGCGCCGCAUCUUCCCAGAUUAGAGCCUCUUUCGUGAUCGUGGUCAAUACGAUAUAGACGCAUGAUGCCGCUCUGGGAAGCCUCAGCCUUAUGUAUGAUGCCCAUUAAUAAGACCAGUCCAGUGGACGAAGAUGGAACCGAUCAAUUUAUGCUUCUUUCUACAUUCCACAGCUGCCCGCCUUUGUGGUACUCAACGUGCUCUACAGACCUUGAAGCUCGUUGCGACCACCCUCCAUUGAGGCCGCCAUUAACGAGACUUUUGAGUAGCUUAUGGUCCCUUUAAACUAGUUCAGAUUUUAAGCACUAUGGCGAACCAGACCUAUCGAUUCUUUAGGCCGCCGCUACCUCGGGCAGCAUCGGUCGAGCCUCCGCGCAUGACGCCCUUCGAAUAUAGCGACUCUCCAGAUGUGAUAGGAUAUGAGCGAACCACUCCAACAAUCAACGUCCAAAGUCAUGACCGAGAUGCACAAGAAUUGUACAAACCGGCCGCAUUUGCCCUCCAUGGACAAACUCAACAAAAGAAUUCCAAGACUUCGAGCUCAAAUGCGUCGAGUUUGUCGCAUUUUCUUGAUAGGGAGCCUGGCGAACCCUCCGGUGUUGAGCAUAUUCUAGCUAAGGAGCCCAUGGAGAAGGCCGUGCCACCAAUUCAAGUCGUGGAAGAAGUUGAACACACAAGGCACGGCGUCCGGAAUAGCGAGGCGGAGUAUCAAAUGCUCAUCACGCCGCCAGUCCGACAGCGAAUCUUGCCAAAUGGCGUAGAGAUUGACCCGAACGACGUAUUGACGCAGCCACUAGGCACACAAGAGGUGAACACGUCGACGUGGAACAACUCGCCCACAAAGCUGGCUCCUCCGAUCAACAGUUUACCGAUGAGCACGCCUGGUGCUCGUUCAGUAUCUAACGAAAGUCCGUACGACGUCACCCGGCCGACGUGUUCGCUGAACGUGGUGUGCUAUCGUUCCGGCAAAAACGGAUGCGAGCUGCGGCAGGUCCAGACCGUGCUGGCGUCUCGAUUCAAGAACGCAGAAGCGUUCAAGAAGACGUGCGCCCGCAACCCACAGCUCAUCUCCACGGACCAGCGGCUGUUCGACGAGCUCAGACGCCUGUACGAGAAGGAGAUGUGCGGAUUUUGGCGACGCCAUUUCUCGCUGAAGACGCUGCGUGGUCUGCGCGUGCUCGCGUACUCGCCCGUCAAUCGGCCCACCGUCGUGCCGUUCGACGAGUUCGUCCUCCAGGAAAUGCUCUACGCAUACACGCAUCCGUCGCAGGUGAAGACCGACUCGGCAUGGAUAGAGUGGGUCUUUCGCUUGAGACGUCAGGAGCAACGGCACGCGCUCGAGCUCGUCGAGGGCUGGAAUACAACACGCAUCAUUGUCGCCGGUACCAUCCCAUGGGCUGUGUCCUGUGUCUUUGGCAUCAUAUGGGCCGUCACGACAAAGGACGUCCAGGGCGCCUUUACCAUCGCAAGCUUUAUACUGACCAGUGCCACCAUCGUACUAGCUCUUCUGGCCGUGAUUAGCGGGAUUGAGAGUUCAGGGAGGUCGAAUUUUUAACCAUGGAAAGGAUCUCCACCUAACCUCGUGCGUAAAGGAACGAGGUCGAACCCCUGGCUGCUUUACCGCCGCUGGAGAGCCGUUCAAAGCCUUUAAGGUUCGUUCAUCUAGCUGCAGUACGCCCGUGUUACAUGCCUGCCUUUAGGCGGGCCGCGUUCUUCUUUCCGUGUCUAGUUGACGUUAAAUUGUAACCGUGGACUUUCACUGUAAAUGUUGUUUUCUUACUAUCAGCAAGUCAUUCAAACACGGAGCGCCGGGGGAAUAGCCACAUCCUUAACUCCGUUCUUCGGACAAAGGCAAACACUUCACGGUUAGAACGCGGAGUCUUGAGGGGCAAAGCGCAAGUCGUUGAUGAGGACAAAACUCCACGGACCAUGUCCCAGGACUAGAAGGUGAGCGUAAAGAUUUUGUCUUUUUCCAUGGUGCUCAACUAGGACAAUGAGAUGGCAUCGCACCGCUAUGUUUAGGCUUUGCUAGCUUUUUGGUUCUCCUGCAAUAAUGGAUACACAAAGCUCUUUCACCACCUGACUGCUCAUUG